CCAGAGGUUAGUCGCAUGGCGGACACUGGCUUGACAAGACGUAAGGUACGGAAGUUCCCGAGUACGACCGACAGAUUGCGAAAGCCUUCAGAAACAACAACCGUCGGCCCUUCCUAAAGGAAGAUCUGUGUGCUGUGAUUUAUCACUCAGGGGGCCGAAACACGCGCAACAACGGACAACCCCACAGGACCGGGGGGUGCUUCUCGUGUCUCGGGAGGAAGGUCAGGGUCUACAAAGUUACCUUGGCUGUAUAAAAUCAUACACGAGCUGCUUCUUUUCUUACAUCCAAAGAAUCCUCUGUGUUGCAUUGUAUUACUGGUAACACUGAAAUUAAAAAAAUUCGAUGCCUUCCAGGGACGAUAUUCGCUCCCUAUCCACUGAGCAACGCUGGAUCCCUCCUUCAACUGUUAGACGCGAUGCACUCACCCCAGAAAGCAGAAAUGAUCUCAUCUUUCGAAAGGUGCGGGGUAUUCUUAAUAAGCUUACGCCGGAAAAGUUCGCAAAGCUGAGCACCGACCUGCUCAACGUUGAGCUUAAUUCUCAUGUGAUUCUUAAAGGUGUCAUUUUCUUGAUCUUUGAAAAAGCCCUUGAUGAACCCAAGUACAGUUCUAUGUACGCACAGCUGUGCAAACGGCUGUCUGACGAAGCUGCAAAUUUUGAACCACGAAAAACUCUUAUUGAUAAUCAAAAAGGCCAAAGCACAUUCACACUUCUUCUUCUUAACAAGUGCAAAGACGAAUUUGAAAAUCGAUCAAAGGCAAGCGAGGCAUUUGAAAAUCAAGAUGAACUCGGUCCAGAGGAAGAGGAACGUCGACAGGUGGCUAAGCGCAAGAUGCUUGGCAACAUCAAAUUCAUCGGAGAACUGGGAAAGUUGGGAAUCGUAUCAGAACCGAUUUUACAUCGCUGCAUCCAGCAAUUGUUGGAGAAGAAAAGGCGAGGGAGAUCCAGGGGGGACACUGCCGAGGAUAUCGAAUGCCUCUGUCAAAUCAUGCGUACCUGCGGUCGCAUCCUUGACUCGGAUAAAGGCCGCGGACUCAUGGAUCAAUAUUUUCGACGUAUGAACUCUUUGGCAGAGAGCAGCGAUCUUCCUUUACGUAUCAAGUUCAUGCUGCGUGAUGUCAUUGAGCUACGCCGUGAUGGCUGGGUACCACGCAAGGCUACUAGCACCGAAGGUCCAAUGCCAAUCAAUCAAAUCCGCAAUGAUAACGAAGAGUCUUCGAGGGGAAAUGGCUUCCAUAGACGAGAGGAUCGCCUCGGAGCUGAAUUUCUAAGGAAAAUGGGACGUGGCGGAUUAGACAUGGACAUGAUGGGAAGUAUUCCAUUGACUUCCCCUUCGUUUGGCAUGUCAUCUCCAUUCAGCCCAAAUGGAUUCUCAGGAACUUCCGGGGUUGGUUAUGGACGCCACAAUCAACGUAACCAGCCGGGUUACUACCAAAACCAGAAUCGUCAUCAAAAUAACUAUCAAGGGAAACAUAAUCAACAGCAACAUAAUUCACCGCAAAACUUCAAUAACAAUAGUAGUAAAGAGCAAUUACGUUUCAAUAAGAAUAAGAUGUUGAUUGGACAUCCAGAAGAAGUCUCAUUAAGACCAUCAGCUAAUUCUAUGAUGUUUAAACAGACCAACAUCAAUCCCAACCUACCUCUAAACAGUGAUCUGUUCCCAGGAAGAGCAUCAGAAUUGCCUCUUCUGCGUACUAGCACAUUGAAACCCAGCUCGCCAUUAUUGCACAAGGAAUUGCCACCAGCAAUUGUAAUAAAACAAGGUCCUGUAGAUAAGAGGGAAAAAGCUAGAGACAGAAAAGAUAAAGGAACUUCUAGAGAAGAAAUAUUGAAGAAGGUGAACGCAUUAAUGGACGAUCUCGUUUCACAUACAAAUAUACAGGACGCAAUAACAGCUUUUCAAGAUCUUAAGAUACCUGAACGAUUUUUACGUCAUGCAGUUUAUACAUUAUAUUCUAAUACAUUGGAUCGUGGAGACUCUGAGCGCGAACUCGCAGCCAAGCUCAUAGUUGAAUUGGUGAGAGCAGACGUGAUUACUGUACAGCAAGUACACGAAGGAUGGAAAGAACUAGUAUCCAAUAUAUCAGAAAAGGAGAGUACUGUGCCUUGUGUAGCUUCUCACGUUGCCUUCUUAACAGCUAAGGCCAUUGUGAAUAAUUUAAUUCAAUUAACCGAUCUUGUUGCUGUGACAGAAAACGGCCAACAUCAUCCAUUGUUUUUACUUACACUUCAGCAAUUGCAUAAAAGUCAAGGCAAAGCAACACUCACACAGAUCUUCAACGAGAGCAAAGUGAAUCUUAUCAGCCAACUUCCUGAGGCAGACAAGACGAAAGAAAGAUUAGCGGAAAUUUUAGAGGACAGAGAACUGACCUUCCUCUAUCCGCUUCUUAAGAUCCAAGGAGAUAUAUGGCGUCAAUUAGAAUAUGACCCCAAUCCUCAUACUCUUUUCAAAUGGAUCAAAGAAAAGUUAGAACCUUCACAUCAUUCUAAUUCAGAGUUUAUUAAUGCUUUGAUGAAUGUUCUUCUGAAAUAUAUUACUCAAGAAACAAUACUGGCACCUGGAGUUGAUCCAUCUAAUGUAGCCAAAUCAGUAAUAGAUAAAGAAAAGGCAUUACUGGAAAAAUAUUCGCGUUUGAUGCGUUUACUCUUCGUCGAUAUAGAGUCUCAAGUAACAGCUCUACAUGCGCUUCAAGCAUUUUGGUUCUCGCACAAUUUUCCAAAAGGGAUGUUACUGCGAUGGUUUGACGGACUGUAUCGAUUAGAAGUAAUCGAAGAAGAAGCUUACUUCAAAUGGAAGGAGCGUGUUACUGACGCUUAUCCUGGCAAAGGCAAAGCGUUAUUUGAGGUCAACAGUUGGUUAACAUGGUUGGAUAACGCAUCAACGGAAGAGGAAAGUGAUGAUCAUAACGACGACGACGACAGCAACAAAAACUACCGAAUGCAGAAACUGUGAGAAGGAUAACGUUCAACAGGAUAACCUAUAAUUUGGAAUAGGAUUUUACUAUCUAUAUCACUGAACCAGGUGGUUUCAGUUUACUAAUUGAGUUAUCUCCAUCCAUUGCCACAAACGUCUUGUUAGUCUGUCAAGUCCUCGCAUCGAAGAAGAGGACUUUACAAUCAUAUUGUCCAAAAAAGAAUGGAUAGUUUUUGCAGACCCCUCGAGUGGUUUGCAAUCAGACUUUAUAAGCAAGAAGUUUUAGAAUGUUUUAGAUAAUUGAAUAUAUUGAUUGAUAUGAUUUAAUAAUCAUAUUUGGGCCAGCAGAUAUAUCAACAAUUCGCCGCUGUAUGAACAUCGGUGCAGAAAGAAAACAGAAAAGAUAAAAAUUAGUCUGGUGAUUUGUGUUGUCAAAGUUUUUGUCUAGUAUUGUGCAUGUGUCACGUUUUAUAAGUCUUUUUGUCCGCGGCACCAGUGAGUCGCUUGUUAUCUCUGUGUACCAGCUUUUACAUUUAUUAUGAGGAAUUAUUAUCUAUUAUUAUUAACUAUUAUUAUUAUUAUUACUAUUAUAUGAUUGAUCACAACAGUCGAAAUACAUCUACUUUCCUAAAGAAACUGAACAAAAAAUUGAUCAGAAACUGGACUGACUCAGUAGUUAGUAUACAGUGUGAACAACAAUAUAAAAAAAGUGAUUAAUAAUUCUCUUUAAAGUUAAAAUGAAUUUGUAGCUUCUCUCGAAGCGAAUCGCUGAGUCAAACUUAUACACCAAUCAACCAAACAACCACUUUGCCCAUGUACCUAUUUGCUGCUCCAUUAAUUGUAUUAAGUACUAAUUAUCAAAUGACAACCAGCAGCCAACGUCACGAUUCACUUAACAUAACAUAACGGAAAAAAGAUUAGCGAUACGACUAAAAUCGUAUUUAAAAUAAACAUAACUUACUGUAAUUCAGGCAUGACCAAGUGGUUGCUCGCGAACCACAGUCGGCUACCAUUCCUACUUUCUUUACUUCACUAAGUCAUAAGGAAAUGGUUCCUAACAUUAUGUACUUGCCGAUGUUAAUUAUAUCCUCAAAUUCCCAAGUUUUGCAAAUUUCAAAAUUCUCUCAAUCCACAAGUUUCUAAAUUUCCAGAUUAUUAAAAGUAAAUUAUUUAUUUUAUAAAUUUUAAUAUUUGAAGAUGGUAUUGGCUGGCAAUGUAACGAAAGUCUACCGUACCCAAGCUUUAAUUACACGCAUAAGGUACGAAUGAAUUAGUAAAUUGCAAUUUAGUUUAUCGAAAGGGGUACGGAUAGACUGAAUAUGGGGGGACAGAUCAGUUGGUAGCAAGAAGCGUUCAGCUGUCAGCGAGAAAUCACUUGGUCGUGCCUGGUGUAAUUUAUUACAGAUGGCCCCCUGGUUGUUCUGUCGAUGAGAACCACCUUACCUUGAUUUUCCCGCCUAUAGUCUCCUUAUAAAUUUAUUACGCAUUGACAACGUGAUCUAAUUGAAAUGCGUAACCUUCAGACCGACACGAUGCCGUACGUUCGCCUAAGCAAAAGUUAGUGCAAUAUCGCAGCUCUCGUGAUCGGUGGAGAAGAAAGAAGCAGACAUUCAUUUAGAGAUUAAUCAUCGAUUUUUCGUGUAUAUUUUCGUCACUUCCAUAGCUUUCAAUUUGUAACUUGUUAAGCUUGUAUGUAUCGAUAUACACUGAAUAUUAACAUAUAAGAAUUUGGAUACAUUUUUUCAUUAUUUGUGGAUAAUCUUUCAGAAUGUUGUACAUAUUAUUAUUAUAAUUAUAAUUAUUAUUAUCAUUAUUAUUAUUAUUAUUACUAUUAAUUACUAUUACCAGGGCCGGUGCGAGGUGGGUACAGUUCCCCAAAAUGUUGACCCAGCGUUUCAAAAGGCCUAGCGGUCCGUUAUAAGUUCAUCGCAAACUUUGUACAACUAUAUUCAUAGUGUCGUAUGCAUAUGGUUACUUAUCAAAUUUAUAAGCGUUUCGAAUUUCAAUCGCUUCGAACUGGAAGCAUUCCGAGUUUGAAACAUUUGAAACUUGAAGCAUCUCGAGCCAUUUCGAAUCUCUAACGUUUCUAGUUUGACGAGUUUCAAGUUUGAUGCAUUUUCUAUCCGAAGCGCUUCGAGUUUGCAGCAUUUCGAGCUUGAAACAUUCCGAAUUUGAGGCAUUUCGAGAUUGAAACGUUCCAAGCUUGAAGCCAUCUUUAAGCAUUUUGAGUUUGAAGCGUUCUCAGCUUGAAAUAUUCUAUGUUUAAGACGUUGCGAGCUCGAAACGUUCCGAGCUUUAAACAUAUAAAUACAUUUCUUUUGGUCUCUACAAUUUUGGAACCGGGCCUCGCAAAUAUUCGCGCCGGCCCAACACUACUAUUAUUAUUACUAUUGUCAUGUCACUUUCUAGCUUUGUUGCCGGACUGAAGUGUUAUAAUUAGACUGCAUUUUUCAUUUAAUAGGUGGUUUGCAAUCAGAGCGUCGUCAGUCCAAACAUUUACGUCGAAUAAUCAUUGUUAGUCUUAUUUCUAUCUUUCCCGAAUACACAUUUGAUGCAGAUAUCGUUGAAAUUUAAAUAAGAGAAAGAUGUUAAAUUAUAUUUGUCAUAUAAGAAUUGUGUUGUAUUUCUGAUUAAUUCAAUAAUGGAAUUGUACGCGUUAAAAUGUGUAUUCGUAUCUUUGUUUUUAUUUUAUCGAAGGAUGAUAAUGAUUUGAUUCAUUGCCUCAUUGCGAAGAAUGAAAUAUUAAUUUGAAUAUAAUAUUCUUUGUACGUGAAACACAUUAUAUAGUGACAUUAGUGUAAUAUUUAAUGGGUAUUUGUGGUACAUAUUUACGUAUUUUGCUUGUUGCCUUUUUAUUAUAAACGAACACAAAAAAAAAAACUGAAUAACAUAACGUAUAACUAAUAAUUUAAUCACGAUAUUAGUAAACGAACGCAUCGAUCAGCAUAUCCCAAUUUUCAUCCGCAAUUUCAUGUGCGAUAUUGUACUUCAACUUGAUUAAUUUAUUUUCCCACGUGUUAAAUAUAAAGAAAUUCAGCCGAGAACAAAGGAAGAAAAAAAAAAUAGAAAAACGUACGAAUCAUGUAUAAUAUCGUCAGUAUUAUUUCUCACGUAACGAACUACAUUAUUAUAAUCGUUUUUAAUUGAUCAUAGACAUUAAAUCGAUGAAAAGGAAAGUCUCUUUUAUCUUUAUCAAUAACAUUUUGUUCCUAGGAUUAUCAUCGAUACAAUUAUGUCUGUCAUUCUCUGACACUCACCGUUCAUUUUCGUAGAAUGACAAAUAAAUAAUUAUAUUGAUUAUUCUUUGAAUAUAUUCAUCUAAUACAUAGAUCAUCACAUAAUAUUACCGUGUCACCAUAUUUUUAAACUUUCCCAUCUUCCUCGAGGAAAUUAAUACAACACCGUAUUCUUUAAAAUUUUAUUUUAUUUUUUUUAACAUUGUUACAUUUUUGAGGUAAUUUUAAUGAAUACGUGGGGUGUACGGGAUAAUUUUUUAUGGUUACCUAAAGGCGCGAAUUACUUUCGAGAAUUUAAAUUUCGGGACUGAACAGCAAACUUCAAAGCGAGAUCGAGAGAGGUCAGGUAAGAUCUCAAUACAAAUGUAUAGAAGAAAAGUGUCUCACUUGUCAAGAGUGUCUCAAUUUUUAGAGAUCAAAUAGUUAAUUAAAUUUCAAAAUUUAGAAAUUUUAAAUCUACCUAUAAAAUAAAAUUAGUAGAAAUUGUAGAUUUUAUCUGUGAACAAAGUUUCGGGGAAUGUACCUCAAUCACAUGACCUCAAAUGACCUUCAAAAAUAUUCCGCAACACGACUUCGUUUUUCGAAAUGAAACUUGACCAAUCGUUUUAAAUCUUAAAGAAUUCUAAGCCUGAUAAUUAUAUUACGAAUAUUCAUACAAAUAUGCACUGUUAUUUUUCGCGCCAUAGGUUGUUAUCUCUGAAUAUUUUAGGUUACUUCGUUAUUAAACGGCGCGUACCUUUUGUAUAUUUUUAUACGUGAUAAAUGCGGCGAAAUAAUAAAUCCCGCUUCUAUAAACCUGAUGGUUUCUCGAGGUAGUUAACGUACACUUCCGACGAUGACUGCUGAUUUUAUUGCUCGUAAACUCCAGAUUUAACAUUCGCGUCCCGGGAUCGUGUUACUAAAGUCGAUAUAAUUCGAUUUUGCGAAUGAACUUAACCAGAAACUGGACGAGGUAUUUACCGAUGUAGUUAUUUUAAAAAUCUGGAAGUUGGGCGAUUUGGGAAUUUGAAAACUGCCAAGUUUAUACAUUUGAUCUUUUAGAAGAUACAUGGUGUGGUAAUCCUUGCAACUUAUCUAUAUCGAGAGGAAGCCUAUUGCACUCGAGUGUACGAUAUGUACAUCGCUUUGAAUCAACAGACGACCACUACUGGUUAUAACAGCAUUUAUAUACGAAAACUUUGACGAAAUGGACUCUUACGUACUCACACGAUAUUCCAUCUAUGAUCUGUGUUACGAUCACCGAAAGAAGAAACAAGUGCUGCGACCCUGAAAGACUUAAGAACCCCUCUACCUUACAUACACUAUCGUUAUUAGCCUACGUAAAAAUAGUAAUAUGACCAAUCGUCACUUUGCUUUCUAUAGAAUAACAUUGUAUGUAGUAGUGUGUUCAGCUCGUGUUCCUUUUACAGGCAAUUUCCUCGACUCCAUAUAACACGACGCUGUCACUUUACGACUGAAUAAACGUAAUUCGAUGAAAUUUACGCGGAAGGCUGCUGUUAUCGAAAAAUAUCGACAUGCUGCGAUAUUUUUAAAAGGCACCAAAAUUAAAGAAAAUAUUCUUGCUUAAAAUCGGACUGGGUUCAAACAGAAAUAAAUGCGAUAAAAUGCAACAAAAUCAGGUUAGGAUUAAGAUUAAAGGUCAAAUUAGGUUAUAGUUGUAAGUUAUGUUGUUGCAAUAAGGUUAGAAUUAAGUUAGAUUUGUUCAAGUAAAAUUAAGUUUAAAACAUAGUAGAUUUGCAUGGUAAAAAUACGCAUUUCAUGACUCAUUCAACUUUUUGCAAAUAUGAAACGAUAUCAGAGCAGACAAAAAAUGCAGCUACCGAAGACGUGACUUAAUGUAAAUUUCAUGCAAAUACAUUCAUCAGUAAUAAAUCGUUUAACAUAAUUCAAGAAUGAUGUAUUCUAUAGUUUUCAUUACUGCCACUUACCUUUUCAGCAAGUAAUAAAUACUGUGAAUUAUACAAAAGAUUAAUCAAUGAUACCUUGCUGAAAUUAUUUAAAAUUUACACUUUAUACGAACAUCACAAUAUAUUUAUACGUAUAAUUGAUAUGCAACUUCCGAGAGUUGUAGAACCCAAUAAAAUCUUCGUCCGCGAAUAAUUAUAUUAAGAAAAAAAUUGACAAAGACCAAAAUGUAUUCGACGUGUUACUGCAUGCGAUAUAUUAGACGUGUUUGGGCUCCAAUAAACAAUGUUUAUUUGGUAUACGUGUAGAGCCUUUUUUAAAAACACAACUGCGUACAUAUGAACAAAUUAUAGUUAACUAUUAAUUCUAAAUACGCGAUGUAUGUAUUUCAGUGGUUUUCUUGUUCUUUCUCUACGAGCGUCUUUUUCUGUUUCUUCCUAUUUUCCUAUACAUUUACAUUAAAUACACGUAAUACAUUACCAACUACCAUUAAUGUUAUUAUAUAUGUAUAUAUGUAUAUUUAUAUUUGUUUUUUUUUUUUCGUUUAUAUAUAUACACGCACACACAUAUAUAUAUACAUAUAUAAACGAAACAAUACUGCAUUUUAUUUUCACAUCGUAAAAAGUUACUUCGGAUACGUUGGAACAUUAUUUUAUAAUCUUACCUUUUUACGACAUUUGUCUCUACUGAUCCCUUAACAACAGACUUUCACCACGAAAAUGACAAACACACAAACGGUUAUUUCGAGCAUGACUUAAAAGUAUCGUUUCCAGUUAUAUAUUUUUUCUCUUUCUUCUUUUAUUUCUUAAUGCGAAUCCUGCUUAUCCGUGUCGAGGA